AUGGUUUCGACUCCUUUUAUUAUUAUCACAAUUUUUUUGGCAUAUUUUUCUUCUUGUUUAUGUGUUGUACUCCAUAACAAUAAUACUUUUGGUCUCAAAGAUUUUGAACCUGCUUUGGCAACAUGGUACGGGGAUGAAACGGGUGCCGGAAGCGGUAGAGGAGCUUGUGGAUGGGAGGACGAUGUGAAAGAUCCUCCAUUGUCAUCGAUGAUAUCAGCCGGAAAUGCGAAUAUCUUUUUGAAUGGGAAAGGGUGCGGACAUUGUUUUCAGAUAUUUUGUAAUCAACCACCAUACUGCUCGGGCGAACCAAUUAAGGUGACCGUCAGUGAUGAGUGUCCUGGGGCAUGUAACAAUGUACCUUUUCAUUUUGAUUUAAGCGGAUUUGCUUUUGGUGCGAUGGCACUGCCUGGUCAAGAUCACAAUCUACGACAGCUUGGCCAAGUUGACGUGCAGUUCCAAAGUGAAACAAGCAUCAUAUCGUGUGAUAGGGUUCCAUGCAAUUAUGGAGGUACGCGGAUUACGUUCAAAGUUCACGAAGAUUGCAACCCAUACUGGUUCGCGACGGCGAUAGAAUACGCAGAUGGGGAUGGUGGCUUUGGAUCUAUAGAGAUAGCAGCAGGUGGUAGUCAAAAUUUUGUUGGGAUGGAUAAUAUAUGGGGUGCAGUUUGGAAGAAAGACAUCGAUCCAUCAUUCAUAGGUCCAUUUUCUUUCAGGCUUACUUCUGUUGAUGGGAAAACCGUUGUUGCCACAAAUGUGAUUCCAGCAACAUUUUCGCCUGGUUCCAAGUAUUCAUCAAGUGUGAAUUUUUAA